UUUCACUGAAAAAUUAAUUGGAUGUAAAAAUUUUUCUAAACAAAAACAAGGACGAAGAAAUAACAAAUUAUAGUGAAAUAAGGAAAAAUGAAAAAGUUGUACGGAAGCCUGGGGCGAGCCACCGCCGGAGACACCAUUGUUGUUGAGCUCACAAACAAACUGUACACUGAGGGAGUUGUCAUUCACUGGCACGGAAUCAGACAGCUUGGAACUCCUUGGGCUGAUGGAACUGCAUCCAUUUCGCAAUGUGCCAUUAACCCUGGAGAAACGUUUGUGUACAGGUUCAAAGUUGACAAGGCAGGAACAUACUUUUAUCAUGGACAUUUUGGGAUGCAGAGAUCAGCAGGGUUGUAUGGAUCUCUGAUAGUUGAGGUGGCAGAAGGAGAGAAAGAGCCAUUCCAUUAUGAUGGAGAGUUCAACUUGUUACUGAGUGACUGGUGGCACCAGAGUGUCCACGAACAAGAAGUCGGUCUCUCCUCCAAGCCAUUCCGCUGGAUCGGUGAACCCCAGAGUUUGCUAAUCAAUGGAAGAGGACAAUAUAAUUGUUCAUUAGCAGCCAAAUACAGCAAUUCGUCCUCUGUUACAGAGUGCAAGUUAAGAGGAAAUGAACAAUGUGCACCUCAAAUUCUUCAUGUGAUAAUUUAUGAAACCAACAUGAAAUUUGUCAUGUUGAAGGAAUUUUCAAAGAAGCUCGCUUGACUAAAUCCAAAUUCCAUUGUUUUAUUUUUUUAACUUGAACGGAUAGCGUGUCCAUGAACAUAUCUUCAGAUUUAAUUUUUUAUUAAAUGAUUUAAAAGAUA